AUGAUCCUGCUCAAGAGAAAUCUCUUCAAGUUCCUGCUCAUCGCCGGGCCGCUCGUGAUGAUCAUUUUCUUGAUCAAGCUUCGAGGAUCCAUAGAACCCGAUGCAAGCGAGCAGAUCAACCUUGUGCUCACUCGCGAGCGUCCCUCGCAAUACAAGGCCCCAACAACCCCCUCGAUUCCAAGCAUCAUCCACCAGUCACACGGCAAGAUAUCCCUCCAGGAUGUGUGGUCUCGCGAGAGCGACCGCGCCCUGAUCGAGGACCACUAUCCUUGGUUUCUGCAAACAUACGACCAACUGUCCAGCGCCGAAAAGCUGCACGUCGCGCGUUACUUUUACCUGCAUAAAUUCGGGGGUGUCUACGCCGAUCCGUAUGUGGAGUCGCUCCGUCCCAUGACCACGGCCCUCUCGCCCGACUCGACAAGUCUGCUCCAAAGCGGCAUACUGCUGCUCUCCAGCAGCGACUCGCUUUCGCCCAGCAAAGGCUUAAUCUCUGACGCUUGGAUGGCGAGCAUCCCUGGCCAUCCCUUCUGGAUGUUUGUCGCCUCCGAAUUGGUCAAGGAGUUUGCUCAACCCACGACCACACCCAGGCACCUGGCCGAUCUCACCGAUGCUGUCUAUCGCUACUCCGCGAGUAAGGCCUUCCACUACAUGCCACUGGUGGUGAUUCCCAACGUCUUGGUCUAUCCGGAGACCUUCGACUGCGGCGUCAGCUGCCGGGACCAGUGCAAUCACGGCCAUCCCGACUUCAACCAUACACAGUGCCGAUCCAAACUUCUGGCCAAAGCAGCUGAGGCCGAGGAGUUGCCCUUUGGAAUCCGCUACAAGCUCAGUCUCUUGGAUUGAGCCCGUGGCAUACACCGCUCUUUGGCGGCGAUGCGCAU